AAAUUAGAAUCAACGAAAAAAAAACACUAGAAAAUUGCUGCCGUUUAGUCCAAAACCCUAAACCCUUUGGUCGAGUACAGUUGAGAGAAAGAGGAAGAUGGGAAAUACAAGCAAAGACCUUCUGCAAUUGGAGCACAAAAAGGCUUCAACUUCACCCUUAGAAAGCACGCUACUUGUUUGUAAAAAUGCCUCAACGAAGAAAGCUCAACCCGAAGGGAAACUCAUCCCUGCUCUUCCUCUUCCCAAAAGCCAAGUUUUGGGACAAGUAAGGGACUUUUUGGGAGUCAUAUCAGAAGCUAACGAACGACUAUACCGGGAUGCAAAGGAUAAUCCAGAAAACUAUGAUAUUGAAGUGCUCACGGGCAAUGAAUCUGAAGUCAUUAAUAUGGAGUUGAUGCUGGGCGUUGCUGAUCUUCAAACUCCUGAGGCUGUGACUGCUGCUGAAUCUGCAAUUUCUGGUUGUCAGCCUGUUAUACCAUUAGCCGUCAACAGUAGCGGAGAGGAAUCAGAGGAUAGCAGUGAUGAUGACAGUAGCAGCAAGGAUGGUGAUGACGAAGAUAGUUCCGACGACAGUAGCAGCGAAGAUAGUUUCGAUGAAGAUAGUGAUGAUAUCAAAGAUGAUACAAGUGAUAAAGAUGAUAAGGAAACAUGCUUUCAUGCGAAACUCAAAACACGCGAGCCUGAUCAAGAUAAUGCUUUGAGUGAAGAUGUUGGUAACAAUCGGUCCAAAAAACGACCAAGAAUUGUUGAGCUCUCAUGAAAGUCGUGUAAGAUCUAGUUAUAUAUAGAGUUAAUGUUUCCACAUAGUGAGAAGGGCAUAUGAUGAAUGAUUCUGGGAGAGUCUGGAAGAGAUGAUGAGUAGUAUGAAGAGUUAACAUUUAUGUUAUAUCGUUUGUGUGUAUUUCGUAUGUAAUUUCACCCGAAUCCUUCUAAAUACGAUGUUUGUGGAUGAAUUUUAUGAAAUUCUUGACUAAUUACAUGUA